AGAAGCACGGUUACUCAUGACGUUCUAACGACCCAUAAAUCUCACGAAUACGGAGAUAUCGCUCCAACGUCAUUUAAUAAUUGAAAAAAUAUGCGCGAUUAAUUAAUUAAUUGUGACAAAGAAACAAUCGCUGGACCACGGCCUGGGACGAAUUUACAGUGCGCGCGACUCGCGUAAUCGCUGGUUUAUCAGUCAGCGGUGCGUUAGCCUCGGCGAUUCUGAACUUCUGACCGGGGACGGAUUAAAUUCACGCUGCGAUUUUCGCGACGCGUCGACAGUCUCAUUUUACUUAAAAAAUAUAUUUGUGCGAGAUCUCAUGAAUUCCUACGUGAGUUCGCUCACGUUCAAACCUUAUAACGAUUCGUAGCUACAAACGAAGCAUAUGUAUAGGUAACUUAAACGUUAUCUGCCAAUUAAAUUGCACAAUAAUCGUCGAAUUUCGUUACAAAUUCGUACAUGAACGCGAAGCGAGAAUGGCGGUGUCCUUAUUUAUGUUAUGUUAAUGUGAUAAUAUAAUUUCAUCAGAAAUAAAAUCGCGAAAAAAAUUCCCAUCGAGAUAAAAAUCGUAGAAAAUCGCAAUUUAAAGCGACGCAAAUCAGCUAAAGACGUGUUGUGCGUGUGCGUCUCAAUCGAAGUGCGGAGUGCAUUAUAAUGCAAUUGACUCUUCUACCUCCCCCCUCCCCUCUUAAUUCGACACUGCAAUCUUCGGCAGAGAGUGCCGCAGAUGAAUUCGUUGUCAUUCCAUCGGAUCGCGGUGCGGGAAACGUAGUUCGCGCUAGUGGUCCUGGUGGUGCGAUCGGUCGAUCGGGUGCGUCGGGGAUCGAAUCGCUCUAGAAAUCGACUAAUUAGAUAGCUACUACCUGGCACAAUGUGGAUCGGAUCGCUCGUGUUUUUCGUCAUCGUCGUUUCGUUCAUCUCGGCAAAAACGGUUGACCUCUCAUUUCGGAAAAUGAAGAAAGAAGAUUUCUUCAUAAGUCUGCAAAACCAGAUUCAUCUGCAGGAAGUAACGGAGCUCAUUCUGAGAGGGAACGAAUUCGACAGUUUUCUGGAUUGCUCUACCAACCUGGAGCACCUGAGAAUACUGGAUUUGUCUCAGAAUCAUCUUCAGCGAUUCUUCUUCCUAUGCAAGGAAGAAUACAAUCUACAAGUGUUAAACGUGAGCCACAAUAAAUUGGAGUACAUCGACGAUAAUGCUUUGAACGAUCGGAUACCAAAAUUAAAGAUACUAGACCUUUCCUUCAACAAGCUCACUAUUGUUAACGAGACUAUGCUGCAACACCUCACGAUUCUCGAGUAUUUGUCUUUGUCUCAUAAUCCUAUAGGGGAUGGAAUACAUGAAAGCGCGUUUUGGAAUUUGAGGGCAUUGAAACACCUCAAUCUGAGCUCCAUAUCCGCGCCAUACUUUUCAGCGGAUUUCUUCAAGACCUUGACAAACUUGUCGACUUUGGACCUGUCUUGGAACCCGAUCAGCACGGUACCUCUGUUACCGAUAAGUUUGCAAGAGCUGGAUUUGUCUGGCACGCAGAUGAUAAGCUUCGAGAACUUGUAUCUACCGCAGCUACGAGAACUGCAUCUGAAUCACAUGCCGAACUUGACAUCGCUGUCACUGAAUGAUCUGGAAAACCUGACUAGUCUCGAGAUAUUAUCGAUGAUCGGUUGCAAACAGCUGGUCCAGCUUGAUUUUUGGCCGCAGAUUGGUGUCGUGCUGCCACGAUUGCAACGCCUUUCGAUAAAAGAUUGCAAUCUCAAAACCCUGGGCGUAGAGCUGCGCCCCUUGGUGCAACGAACACCCGUCAUCGAGUUGGGAAACAAUCCCUGGAAGUGCGAUUGCAAAUUGGAAUGGAUUGGCCUGUUAAAUACAACCAAGAAUCUCAGUCGAGACAUCAGAUGCCAUGCACCGGAUCGGCACCAAGCCAAGCUCCUGACUGAAAUACCCAACUACGAGCUACAAUGUGAAGACGAUUCGUCGGUCCUCUAUUCGAUUCUGUGGACGGGUCUCUCGAUAUUGAUUAUUGCCAUGAUCAUCGCCGCGGUCUUGGUCCUUCUCAAACGGCCAAUAAGCCAAUGGAACUUCAAGAGAAGGAAUGGGGAUACCGUCACGUACAAAAACGUCGUGGAGUCGAACAAUGAUCUGGUCCGAAUACUGGCUGGGUCUGAGACGCACGAACGCAACGAAGAAUAAAGCCAAAUUGAAAUUGGAAAGAGAAAGAACAACACUGAUGAGUGAACGGAAAAAUCGUCGGACUAACAGCAGACGUUUCAGCGAGUCUUUUUUCGAAAAAACUUUGUUGUUAUCUUGUAAUAGCGUAACGUAAGUGUAUUUGCGAUGACCACAUGAGAAAGUUGUCCCAAAAGAUUGCCAUAUUAUUUUUUUUCACAGUAGAAUAUGUCAUAGGAACAAACGUGUAAAUAGGAACAAACGCUGAUUUAAAUAACCGAUGUAGAAAUUAAGCUUCUUUGAAAUGUUUGUAACGAUAAGAUUAAAAUUUUCGAAAGUUAUUAGUGCCAGAGUUGAGAUUCCUUUGUCGACGAUGAAUUGCCGUUUCCAAAUAUAACAAAGUGAA